AUGGCGGGUCGGGUUUUUGAAGGAGAGGAUCAGAGAGGGCUCAGAUUGGAGCCCAGUGCCUGCAACAAUUACGGAGGAAGGUGGUUGGUUGUUCUCUUUCCUUUUCUAGAGCCUCGGAAAUGGGUGGUGGGUGGGUUUACGAAAGGAAAUAAAAGCAAAGAUAAAAACUGUCCAUUCCAAGCUACAAUUUACAAAAAAAGAUUGAAAGAUGGGUUUUCCUACCCUGCAUAG